AUGGCUCUGAAUGCCGCAUCGCACAAUCCCACUGGUGAACAAACAGGCUCGCCGUCAGGACCUCCUCCGCCAGUAUCCUCCGAUAUUGCUUCCAUAGCCCAAGAUGCCGCCAAAAAAGACUCAAUGGGCCAGAAUGUGCCCGGAAAGGAUUUGCAAGACAAUGACAAGGGCCAAACUGUGAUGGGCGAGGCAGGCAAGCCAAAGACGGCCAAAGAAAGUAUGCAAGCCACUGCUGAAGGACCGCAUUGA